AUGGAAGCUCAUUCUGGAGCCACGACUUGCUUAUCGUCCCCUUCACUUCCCCGGUCGCCCACUCGCUCGAAUACCGAUGAUAAGCAGAUGAACCGUCUCGAGAUUGAAAAUGCGUAUUUAAGUCAACAAAACGAACUUUUGAAUAAGGAGCUUGCGUUUGCUCGUUACACCAUCAAUGCAUUGCGAACCAUGACACUGCAAAAGGAUCACGCUCUCCAACUGACCAGGCAGGAACUGGAAAAAGUGUAUGGAGAAAUCCAAAUGUUCAUGGUUUUGAAAGAAAAUGCCUUGGUACAACCCCGGUCUGGCACCGGGCGAUCAAGAGUGUUUGGCGACGAUUAUGAUCUGAAUAUCAAACGAUCGGCUUCUCACCGAGUGGGAGUAACGACGACGUUGGAUAUCAUUUCUAAACUUCCUCUGAGAUCGUCCACCGAAGAAUCGCAACAAAUUACCCCGCCGGAAUCUCCGCGUGGUAAUGAACCGAAUGCUUGGUGA